CUGCAGUGACUCUUCAUUCUCAUAUUUAUGUUUUUGGAAUGCGAAUGUACCUAAGAUACAAACUCCCAAGUUUUGAUUACCAUUUUUAUUAUUUAUUUGUGCAAGCUGCACAGAUUCAGUCAGGCCGCACAUCUGUUUCUCUGCUUAUCCUUGACUGCGGUGAACGAUAAAGCUCCACAUUUCUCAGUUAAAAACUCUGCGAGGGUUUCAAGUGAUUUUAGGGUUUCAAGUUUUGUUAUUAUUAUGGGUUCGGAAAGUGACAGCAAUUGCUCUCACUCUGUACUGAUCAGCCUUAAGCGUGAGGAGAUUCUUCUGCCUUCAACAACACCGACAACAGAUGCAGCUGCUGAUGUUGAUAAUGGUUUGCGGACAUUUCGACAAGAAAAUGGAUUCACAGCAAAUAUCAGUAUGCUUUUGAAAGAGAACGUUGAUUUUUACGGAUCGCAGAAGAAGAAGUCUCGUUCUAAUUCAGUUUCUGAUUUAAAGCAAAUUCUCAAGGAAAAUAUAGCAGAGGAAAAUUUGCCUGGGACCCCUAAAGAUCAUAUCGUACCACUUGAUCGGAAAACUAAGACGCCUGGCGCUCCGAGCAAGAAGUCAAGUGAGUCCAGGGUUAGGAGGUUUGGGCUCCAACACAUGAGGCAGCCGGAUUUUAGUUUUGCCCUUCCACUGUAAUUUGAGGCGGAAAUUCUGCUGGAAUUGUAUUGUGGUGUGAUGAUCUUCCAUCUGGAUAUUUUUCUGUACAUGCUGCAUUUUUUUUUGUGUCGAUAACCCCGAAUAAGACGAAAUUAAAUUGAAAUUUGUUGCCGGACUUUUAUAAAAUUUGAUUGUUUUAAAUUCUUUAACAUAUCGCAUCAUUCCAAGCUCAAGAUUUUAUA